AUGACAAUCACGGGAUCCCGAAUACCCCUAUUCAGAAAACCCCCCCUUGUUUGGCCUACAAAAAUUAUAAUGGACCAGUAUGCAACAAAAACUUCUCCUGCCAUGACUCAAGUAAUUCUCGAACUAGAGGAUCAAAAUGUUCUUCAAGAAGUCGGGGCAAAAUCCCCGAGUUUCAUCUCCAAACUUUUUCUCCGAAAGAAAAGCGAUGGAUCGAUGCGCCCAAUAUUCGAUCUCCGGGAACUAAACAAAUAUGUAAAAACGAAACAAUUUCAUUUGAUUUCCCAUACAGAUGUGCCGGACUUUCUCCAACCUGGAGACUGGAUGAUAAAGAUCGACAUUUCGCAGGCUUAUUUUCAUGUCCCUAUGGCAAAAUCACACAGACCCUUCCUCAGAAUCAGUUAUCACAACCGUAUUUACGAGAUGACGUGCCUGCCUUUCGGUCUAGCUUCUGCUCCGCACCUUUUCUCUUCCAUCACAUGCUGGGUCGCGGAGACCCUGCGUGCGAAAGAUUGUCGAGUGCUAGUCUAUCUAGACGACUUUCUUCUGGUGCACCAAGACCGAACCAAGUUAAGUCUUCGGUCUGCGGAGGCCGUAAGACACUUGGAACUGUUGGGUUGGAAAGUGAAUUUCCAGAAAUCGGUCCUAACUCCAACACAAGACUUGGAAUAUCUAGGGAUACGAUGGCUAACGGCCAAGAACAAAAUGGUCUUACCAAAUCAGAAAGUAAAAUGCAUCAACAGCGCCCUAGAACAGAUUAUGCAAAAGCCACACAUGAGUCUACGACAAUAA